AGAGCCAGGCCUGUGCAACACUGGGCUUUUCUCUGCAGAGCUGCAGGCUGCAUACACCCGUCAGGGCUCCUCCAAGACACCGGAUUAUCUGGGGCUGGCACCUCCCUGGGCAGGAGUGCAGGGAGCCGACUGCUAGAAGGACGUGGGGAGCUGAGCUGCAGCUGAGCCAAGAACCACCUCUUUGCAGAAAAACAACCACUUUACUUUCCAUUCUGCUGCCUGAGACAACCACAUCCUCCUCACACCCCUCCCCAGGCUCCCAUGGACAACCCAGAUGUGGAGCUGGACCUCCAGCGGAGUGUGCAGGCUGUGCUCCGGGAGCUCAACGCCCAGACCCCCGCCCUGCAGAGCAACCAAGGCAUGUGGAGAUGGUCCCUGCACAAGAAGGUCGAGCGGGAUCCUGGUAAGCGUCCGGUGCUGGUCCGAAUUCUGCUCAGAGAACUGGAGAAGGCAGAGAGGGAGGACGCCCGGCAUGUCAUCAUGCCCCUGCUGCACACACUAAUGUACGUGUUCACUAAGGCCACGGGCAUCACAGAGGAGCUCCACCGGAGAACCUACGCCUUUUGCAUGAGGUCGCUGACCCUGCCUGCCCCCUACUGCACAGUUGCGCUGGACUGCGCCAUCAGGCUGAAAACGGAGGCGGCCGUCCCAGGGACGCUGUACCAAAGGCUGGUCAUUGCCGAGCAGAACUUGACGAGUGAGCUGUACCCCUACCAGGAGAGAGUGUUCCUCUUCGUGGAUCCUGAGCUGGUGUCUCCCUCCGUGUGCAGUGCCCUGCUGCUGGAGAUCCAGGCGGCCCAGGAGCAGCAGACACCCGAGGCCUGCAUGCGCCACGUGGUCUCCCACGCCCUGCAGGCGGCGCUGGGGGAGGCCUGCCAUGCCGGCACUCUGCAAAGGAAGCUGCAGGCCAGCCCCCGCCUCGUCCUGGAGCGCUAUUUCCACGCCGUGGUGUCAGCGGUGGAGCAGAUGGCUUCCGAGCCCAGCCCGAGCCGGGAAGGACACCUGGAGAGGCUGGAGGAGAUUUACUGCUCGCUGCUGGGCCCGGCGGAGGCCGCCAGGGGGCGCUGCGGCGGUGACCCCCUCCAGGACCAGCUGCCAAGCAUCCCUCUGCCCAGCCCACAUAUCACCUUCCACCUGUGGACGGAUGAGGACCAGCUCUGGAAGGAACUGGUGCUUUUUCUGCGCCCGCGAUCCCAGCUGCGCCUCAGUGCAGACUUGGAAGCUUUGGAUCUGCAGGGCGUCCCGCCAGACCGGGAGUCGGCCCGGGCGUCCGUACUGUCCACCGACAGCGGCAUCGAGCGGGACCUUCCUUCCGGGGCCGACGAGCUGCCCUCACCCGAAAGCCCUGAGGUGGAGCGAGCCGGGCUGCACCCAAACUCCUGCCCUCACCCCUGUACUCUACUGCCCCUUGCCAGGAAACGAGAGACCCAGAAGUUUUGCCUCACCCCCAGACUCAGCCUGCAGCUCUACUACAUCCCCGUGCUGGCGCCUGAGAAGCCUGCAGCAUCCAGGCAUUUGGAGCUUGGAGAGCUGGCCACGUUCCUGGGCCGUGCAGACCCGUGGUAUGAGAACACUAUCAACACCCUGUGCCCUGCCAUCCACAAGCUGGCAGAGAUGCCUCUCUCCCUGAACACAUCCCGGACUAUAGACCCCUUCAUCCUGGAUGUCAUCACCUACUACAUUCGCAUGGGCACUCAACCCAUCUAUUUCCAGAUCUACACAGUCAAGAUCUUCUUCAGUGACCCGAGCCAAGACCCUGCAGAGGACAUCUUCCUCACGGAGCUCAAAAUGAAGAUCCAAGACUCCAAGAUCCCCAGAGAUGGUUUUUCACCCCGGAGGAGAGGCGUGGCCGAGGGUCCAGGGGCUGAGCUCUCCAUCUGCUACCAGAAGGCCCUGCUCAGCCACCGAGUCCGAGAGGUCACUGUCUCCCUGCGGGCCACUGGGCUGGUCCUGAAGACACUUGCAGCCAGUGACAGUGAUGUUUCAGGGCCCACCUACUGCCCCCCAGCUGCUGCUCCCGUUACGGACCACAGGUGCCUGAAUGUCAGUGUGACGGAGGUUGUCAAGACCUCCAACUUGGCAGGAAGGUCCUUCUCUACAGUGACAAACACCUUCCGGACGGCCAGCAUCCAGAUCCAGAGCCAGGACCAGAGGCUGCUGACACUGUCGCUGGACAAGGACGGUCGGCGCACUUUCAGGGAUGUGGUCAGAUUCGAGGUUGCUCCCUGCUUAGAGCCAUGUUCCGGGGCCCAGAAAUCCAAGGUGCUUAGUUCACAUCGGCAGGAGAUGGAAAGGACCAAAGCCAAGGCCAAGCCCCUUCUAAUGCCCAUCAACACAUUCUCUGGCAUUAUCCAGUGAGCCCAAAAGGGCCACAGAAUCGCUGAGUCCAAGAGCAGUGGAUCCAUGAGGAAGGAUACACUACCCAACUCACCCCCAAACACCCACACCAACAUCCAGAGCAAGGCCCAGCUCCCGUGGGAGGCUUUGAGCCACUUCUAGAAGCCAGCAAGUGCCCAGAGCACAGAGAGCUGGCUGUGGGGGUGUGAUGGAACAGGGCCCACACGAAGGCCCCAGGAGGCCCUAGCCAAACUGCACACGCAAAGCCCUGGGACCCGUGUGUGCUCCGUGGAUUUCCAGUUCCCGCCUCUCCACUGUCUUCUCCCACCCAAGUUCCCCGCUUGGCCCUUAAAACCAAGGUGAGAGCUGCUGUCCUGGCCCUGGGCCCUGCGGCCUGGGGAAAACAGGAAGCAGGCAGAGGCUGCUACGCCUCCCACCUCCCAGUCUGUUCCCAUCCCUGUCUCAGGCCACUGCUCACCUUGCCCACUCCCAGGCGGGCGUCUCUCCAAGUGGUGAGGAAGAUGUCAGAUUCAAUAAAUAUAUAAAUAAAUAAAUAAAUAAAUAAACAAACAAACAAACAAACACUAAAGUGUUUCUG